CUUAAGGUGUGGACAACAGAAAAACAGCAUAACAUAUGUCUUGGUUAAACGAAUAAAGCUAUAUUACAGGGAUACGCAUAUGAACUUCAAAGAUCUCCUUCACUGUAAAGAUUACGCCGAAAACAAUGGUCUCGAAACCUAAUUAAAAUGAGUUUUUAUAAUCACCUCUUAAAAGAACAAAAAACGAAAACCAAACCCAUACUGGUCCUGACUCCAAUACAUCACGAUUUCUGGUUCGAGAACUGCACAUGACCUAAUGUCUUCAGGACCGGCGGUGACCCUAUGGUAGGCCAGGAACCGAUACUGAUCCCAACCCGAUCCAGGAAGUAAUACUAAUUAUAUCGGUCCUAGAACUGAUCAUGUGCCCAUACCUCCCCUGGAACCUAUCAUAAACCCGUAACGGUGCUGGAACUGUUAAUAAACACACUCCUGGAACCGAUCAUGAACCCCUACCAGCAUUGGAACCAAUCAUAGACACAAAAUGGUCCUGGAACAUAUCAUGAACCCAUUACGGUACUGGAACUUAUACUGAACCCAUACCGGUCCUGGAACCUAUCAUACAGGUGUAUUCUAUUCUUAUAGUCGAGUCAUCCGAUAUGAAACUACGAGCGAGAGGUGGAACGCUCUAAAAACAAAAAUAAUAAACUGUGCAAAAAAUAUACUCCCAACACGGCAUAGAACGCAGGCAUGCGCAGAUGAAUACAUACGGCUCAGACGCGACAAGAAACAAGUUCACCACUCCAAGAAGCAUGCUUUGGAAGAGCAAAACAUGCGGGAACUCGAGCAAACUAGAGAGGCGUACGGACCGACACCAAAGUUUUACCAAACGAUAACAGGUCACCGAAACAACGUUGUACCUAAGGUAACCUACUGUCGCAACAAGGAUGGAGAUCUGGUUAGUAACCAGCCAGAGGUCCUCUCGCGGUGGGCUCAGUACUUUGAUGAAUUACUCAACGACCAGUUUAACGAACAGCUAGAAGCGCCACUAGCAGAUAGUGUCAUGCUACUGCCACCUAGCAUAGAAGAAACACGAAAGGCUAUCCGUCGGCUGAAAAAUAAUAAAGCGCCCGGAACCGACGGAAUUGCAGCUGAACUGGUCCAGAAUGGAGGUGCACGACUAGAAAACGAGAUUCAUCAAACUGUUACUGAGGUGUGGGAUAGCGAAUCCAUGCCUUGUGAUUGGAAUGUUGGCAUCAUCUAUCCCAUAUACGAAAAGAAAGAUAGGUUGGACUACAACAACUACAGGUUUAUUACGGUGUUGAAUACCGCCCAUAAAAUAUUCUUUCUGAUCCUUCAGGAUCGCCUUGUCCCGCACGUCGAAGAGAUAGUCGGAAACUAUCAAAGAGGAUUCCGAAACGGAAAAUCAACCACUGAUCAGAUCUUCACCAUGCGGCAGAUCUUGGAGAAGAUGGCUGAAUACAGAAACGACACAUACCAUCUCUUCAUUGACUUCAAAGCCGCAUAUGAUAGCAUAGCCAGGGUAAAACUGUACGAUGCUAUGAGCUCAUUUGGAAUCCCGGCCAAACUGAUAAGGCUUUUCAGAAUGACUAUAACCAACGUCACAUGUCAGGUGAAGGUGGAUGGAAAACUCUCAGGACCUUUUGCUACCACCAAAGGUCUGCACCAUGGGGGCGGGCUUGCCUGUCUCCUAUUUAACCUGGCACUAGAGAGGGCCAUCCGUGACUUCAAAUCGAGCCUACGGGAACCAUCUUCUAUAAGUCAUCCCAGAUACUGGCAUACCAUGAUGAUAUAUACAUCAUUGGUCUGCGGCUCUCCUAUGUAGCAGAAACCUAUCAAAAGAUCGAGCAGGUGGCAGAGAACCUCGGAUUGCAGAUAAACGAGGCACAGACCAAACUGUUGGUGGCAACAUCAGCGGGCCUACCAAUAAAUAAUCAGAAUCUACGUAGGUGUUACGUGCAGAUAGAUCAACGCCCUUUUGAGUCGUCCCACAAUUCACCUAUCACUGGUCAAGCAACGACAAUAGCAUGGUAGCUGAGUUACUGGUUGCCAACCGGUCAUUAUACAGGCUGAGGAAUCAGUUCACCUCAAAGCACCUGUCACGACGACCGAAGCUUACACUAUUUAGUACCUAUAUAGUACCGGCACUCACAUACGCCUCUGCGACAUGGACACUGUCCAAAUCUGACGUAACCAUCUUAGCCGCGUUCGAGAGCAAGAUGCUCAGAAGGAUGACGCUAUAAUGACGCUAUAAGCCGCUGUACGGCGACCUCACUGUCGUGCAGCGUAUCAAGCUCGCCAGGAUCCGGUGGGCUUGCCAUGUUAUACGCAUGAAAACGGACGAUCUCGCCCAUAAAGUCUUUUUAGACCGUCCACAAGAACAGAGGAGGCGUGGUAGGCCCAAAUUGAGGUGGCAAGAUAGCGUGGAGGCGUCCGCCAAUAAGGCCGGGAUAACGGACUGCCAGACGAAGGCGCGAGACCGUGAGCGGUUUAGGACACUCCUGAGACAGGCCAAGACCGCAAAGCGGUUGUAGCGCCAGAUAAGUAAGUAAGUAAGUCGAGUCAUCUCGACGUCGAGUUGAUGAAUUUUGUGUGUUCAUUUGUAAGGAAAAGUUCACUUCGUAGUUCAUUUUCUCGACUCGAGUAAAUCCGAGUUCAGAAUAGAAAAAACCUGAUCUCAUACCAAUCAUGGUACCAAUCAUGAACCCAUACCGACCCUGGAGCAUAUCUUAUCUUAAUGGUCCUGGAACCUAUCAUGAACUCAUACCAGUUCAUACCAUUCAUCAUGAACUCUUACCGGUCCUAGAAUCUAUCAUGAACCCGUACUGGUCCUGGAACCUAUCAUGAACCAAUACCGGCCCUGGAAACAAUCAUUAACCUAUAUUGACCCUGGAACUUAUACUGAACCCAUACCGGUCCACGAACCUAUCAUGAACUUAUGCCGGUUUAGAAACUGAUACUAAAUCCAUACCGGAUUUGGAACUGACACUGAACCCAUACCGGUCCUGGAACUACUCAUGAAUCCAUAUCAGUCCUGGAACUAAAAGUAAUCCCAUAAAUGUCCUGGAAUUGAUGCUGCACUCAUACCGGUCCUGGAACCGAUCAUGAGCUCAUACUGAUCCAGAAAUAGCUAGCGAUUUCAUUUACUUUCAACAACUGUACCUUGAACUGUUCUGGAUUCGGAUUCGGAACGAGACUUAAACGUGGUUCGGGUAUGUAUCCGAUACUAUUCCAGUCCCGUUCGACAAUCUAUACCCGGUAGUAAAUGUGCAGCGUAUGAAUAAGCGUAAGAAAAUAGCAAAGGAAUUAGCGUAGGUAGCGUAGCGGUAAUCUAUUAUUAUUUAUUAGUUAAUCUUCAACGGGCCAAAAGGCCUAAGAUAGGUUACAAACAAAAAUUACAUAGCAAAAUCAAGAUUAUUAUCUCAGUUCACUGUUGCCACGGCAGUGUAGCCGGAGACGUUCUGGGUAUUCUUUGAAAUUGAGUAGUAUAUGUAUGGUGAUAAUAAUGAUAAUCAUAAUAAUGAUAAUAAUCUUUUUGCUUCGUGCUCUAAGCUUCACAAACUAUGGAUAUGCUGAGAAACGCGAAAAAUCUUUGUGAACAAUAUCCACCAAAUAAA